GGGUCCUAUGCUAUAUUUCAUGCUGCUUACAUGACACCCAGCACUAAAGAGCGGGAGUUUCGAUCCUGAAGUAAACAAAAUGGCUUCGAGUGAAGAAUUUUUUAGUCGUCUCCGUAAGCUAGCUUCCACCGUCGACAAGGAAACCAAUGAAUUGAAAGAGAAUCUGGAAAAUUCUGAAAAUUCUGCUUACAAUGAAAAUCGUGCCUGCCUACUGCUACGAGAAACUCUUGCAGAAAUUAAAGAUUUGAAGAGAGAAAUCAACACCAAAGUUGAAGAAGUACAGCAAAGAUGUACAUUUGGAAACUUUGUCUCCACUUGUGAGAGACUCAUGACUCAAACAAAGGACCAAACAAAUGAAUUAGAGGCUCACCUUGAAAAGUAUGGAUACAUCAGGCCUAAAGACAAUUUACCUGAUCUGAUCCAAGUUGGCUCAAACCUCCAUGAAGACAGUACAAGUGUUACUAUGACAACAAACCACACCCUUUCAAGCUCUGAACAGUCUGACAACACUGAGGGUGUCCCAUUUGAGAAUGCAUCAGAUAAUGAGCAGGGCACCCCCAUGGAAACAAACCAAUCUGAUCAGAUCGAAAACACAGUAAUAGAAAAUGCUGAAGACCUUCUCAAGACUCCGGAGCCACCAGUGACAUUCACCAAAAUGAUUGAAGUUACUCCACAAAGACCAUUAAUUGGUGCCAAGGAGGAAACUGCACAGGGUGACAUUCAACUUACACCUUGCACAACUCCAGAACCUCCGCAAACAACCACACCCAUGAUAAAUUUACGACUGGCCAUGGAAAGCACAGGCACCCCAAGUAGUGACACUUCAACACCACAGGGUCUGCCACCACAGCCAGUGACUGUUACACCAAUGAUUAAACAUUCAAAUGAAAGAGCCAAGACUCUAACAAGCUCGUCACAAGAAAUGGGAUCCCCUGAUCUACCAGUACCACCCACCAUGGGUACCCCAGGGCUCAAGACAAUUGUUACUGCUGGAAAAGAAUCUCCCAUUGCUGUGGCUGAGUUGUCUUUUAAUUUGGACAGCCUGCCACCUCCCCCUGACAUCAAGUCUGUUCAGAUUCUAAAACCAGAUGACAUUGUGGUACCUCAAGCUGCCUGUAUGGCAGAUUACAGUCAACAUACCCAGCAUGUGUUUGUACAACCUCUCAAUGAACAAGAGUAUAACAUUAUACCAGUUUAUGUGGCCAACCAAUUUAGCCUGGAAUGCAUUAAUCAACAUCUCCAGACAAUUAAUGCAUUCUUAGCAAGCAAUAGUCAAGAUCAGUCUGAAGCGAGUUCUAUUCUUGAGCAGGAUCUUAGAGACCUUCUGAGCUUGGGAGCAGCUACAAAAGCAUUCAUGUUGGCCUUGGUAAAGACAGGGAGGUUAAAAGUAGCUGGAAAGAGCAUAAUGUUCUUGAACUCUGCAUAAAGAACUCAAAAUAACAGAUGCAUUGUCUUACUAAAAUAGCAACAAUGGACUAGCAUUUCAUAUGUUGUUCUUAGCUUACCUUCUUUCUUCCAUGCAAUAAGGAAGGAAAAUGAAGAAAGAAAGAAGGGUCAGCACUAAGCCUUCAUUGGCCUGGUCUUUAAACAUAAAAUAAUGGUGUUGCAAGUUCAAGUACAGGUUUGUUUUCAAUUUUUUAAGGGAGCCAGGGCUUGAGAUUAACAUUUAUGUAGAGUACCAUAGGCAAUUACUUUCGGGUUAGUGAGAUUCAGAUUUGCCUAGCAGGUUUAAUAUUUCUACUAGCCUCAGCUAUUCUUGUAACAU